AACCAAAGCCAUAGUACAUACAGAGGGGCCUCAUCAAACAUGGCAAUCCCCAAGGCUUCGAUCCUUGCUAUCCUUGGCUGCCUCUGUUUCUGCAGCUCUGUCCUCGCAGCUCGCGAGCUGAACGACGACUUGUCCAUGGCAGCGAGGCACGAGACAUGGAUGGCACAGUAUGGCCGCGUGUACAAGGACGCUGCUGAGAAGGCGCAGAAGUUUGAGGUGUUCAAGGCUAAUGCUCGGUUCAUCGACUCGUUCAAUGCCGAGAACCAUAAGUUCUGGCUCGGCAUCAACCAGUUCGCUGACCUUACCAACGAAGAGUUCAAGGCAACCAAGACUAACAAGGGGUUUAUUUCAAACAAGGCAAGAGUUUCUACGGGAUUCAAGUAUGAAAACUUGAAGAUUGAAGCUCUUCCGACAUCAAUAGACUGGAGGACAAAGGGCGCGGUCACUCCCGUCAAGGACCAAGGCCAAUGCGGUUGUUGUUGGGCGUUUUCUGCUGUUGCGGCAACAGAGGGAAUUGUCAAGUUGAGCACCGGCAAGCUUGUCUCACUGUCAGAGCAAGAACUAGUGGAUUGCGAUGUCCAUGGAGAGGACCAGGGUUGUGAAGGUGGGCUCAUGGAUGAUGCGUUCAAGUUUAUCAUCACGAACGGUGGCCUCACUCAGGAGUCUAGCUACCCAUAUGACGCCGAAGAUGGCAAGUGCAAGAGUGGAUCAAAAAGUGCCGGGACAAUCAAGAGUUACGAGGAUGUGCCCGCCAAUAAUGAAGGUGCCCUCAUGAAGGCCGUGGCAAACCAACCCGUGUCAGUUGCUGUGGACGGAGGUGACAUGACAUUUCAAUUCUACUCCGGCGGUGUGAUGACCGGAUCUUGUGGCACAGACCUGGAUCAUGGGAUCGCAGCAAUUGGUUAUGGAGUGACAAGUGACGGCACUAAAUUUUGGUUAAUGAAGAAUUCUUGGGGCACAACAUGGGGCGAAAAUGGAUUCUUGAGAAUGGAGAAAGAUAUUGCUGACAAGAAAGGCAUGUGUGGCCUUGCCAUGGAACCCUCCUAUCCCACUGCGUAGAACAUCAAAGGCCACAUAUUCACACACAUACUCAUGAUUGAAUAAUUUCACGUCUCUUGUUUC